CCCCCCCCCCCCCCCCACCGUCCGUCAUGCCGACUCCCAUCUAUGACUUCAUCCAGGAGCAUGAGCUCGAGUUCCAAGCCGGCCCAGACAGCUUCCUCGGUCACCAAGAAAGCACAGAUCAAUUGCCUGUCAUGGUCACCAUCAUGAAGACGGACGAUGCAUUGCUGCAGGUUCAGGAGCAUUCGGAUGCGUGGUGAAGGCCAAGUGGAACGGCAAACCUGUCGCUGUCAAGAUACUGGUGAGAGUGGUUGUGCCGCAGGAAAAAGCCGCGGAAGCAGCAAUGGAUGGCUCUCACGAUGCAGAAUCAUGCGAAUAUUGAGGAGGUGAGGAAGGAGGUCCACGUGCUUUCACACGUUCAGCAUCCCAACUUGAUCAAGUUUCUCGGGCUGGCCGUGGCCGAGAAAAAUGGGAAACUGAUGAUUGUCACAGGCACGCAUCGCCCUCCCGUUCGUGAACUCUCCCACGAUUGGCGCUUGCAAUGUCUUGAUGCCUCAGAGCACUGCAUUGGCGGCACAUUGCAUACAUAUUUGGCGGACCUCAAGGAGAGACUUGAUGACAGCCUUCGGCAAAAGCUUGCCGUGCAGGUAACACAAAGAGAGGCGCAUCCCUGUUGAUGCUUGAUGGAUGAUGUGUACAGGUCUGCGAGGGCGUUGCUGCUCUUCACGCACACAAAGUCGUCCAUCGCGACCUCAAGCCCGCUAACAUUCUCGUACGCAGCUCGAAGAGCCUGACUUCUCGUCAGAUUCGAUGUGUGUGCGCCUCAGGUGGAUGGCCAAGGAGACGUCAAACUCUCCGACUUCGGCCUGGCGAGGUUUAUAGAAGGCACGAGUCGGUCAGUGGCUAUGGGUAAGAGAACAACAUACGUAGCAAGAGACAGACAGGCAGACCGACAGGCCGACAGGCAGACAGGCGGGUGGACAGAUAGAGAGACAGAUAGAGAUACACACAGAGAGAGACACCGACACACAGACACGGGCAGGCGGGCAAUUUCAGGGCCUACGUGACAGCGUUGUUUUUGUGUAGGGGCGGGCACACACGGCUUCAUGGCGCCAGAGGCCUAUGAUCCAAGUAAGCAAUGGCAUAUAUAUCGCCUCUCUUCUCAUGGAUCGUUGAUCUGCCUGGCCUGCAGCGAAGCGGCUGACCCUCGCAUCUGACAUUUGGGGACUCGGAGGCAUCCUGGUAGAGAUUCUGGGAGGUAAGAGUGCAGUGUCCUUCUUGCCCUCUCAACCAUUUUCUCUGUGCCUCCGCAGGGAAGAAACCCUUUCCUCAGUUGAGUGGACUGACACCGGAGCUGGCCAUGGUGGAGGCCAUGAGACUGUACAAGGAGAGAGUGAAGGUUCGUCUACAGUAGGAGAUACUGUUCUGGACAGACUCAUUGACAGCUUGUCUUAGCCUUAUCCCCUUGUUUAUUGACAGCCUGAGAUCCCCACGGGCAAGCUGUUCCCUCCCCAUGUCCGACAGAUCAUUGAGGUACACUGGACGAAAUGGACAGCAAACUCCGUGUACGCCGUCCCUGUGCAGAGAUGUUUUGACUACGAACCGAGCAAGCGACCGACGGCCAAGGAGGUGCAUCCGAUAUGAACGGGGACAAUCGUGUACCUGUCACCUGUGUCUUUCGUAGGUGCUGGAUGCAUUGAAGGGCCCACCCAGACCGGUGACACCGAAUCCUCGGCCGAUGGACAGCAACGAGGCGAGUAAGGCUGUAUCAAGCUUACGCCUCAUCUGUGUGUAUUAGCGAUGGAUCGCUCGGAUAGCUUUUAUGAGUCAGACACUAUCACACUGCCGAAAAAGCCGAUAUCGGUGCCCGUCUCGCCCUCGCCUUCACCAGUGCCCAGAGAGGUGUGCGAAGCCUCUGUGCUUUCGCUCCGUGUCACCGAUUGGCCUGACCCUGCUGCAGAAGGACAUCUUCGCUGCUGUGAAGGCUGACGAUUUCGAAUCUGUGACUCAGCUGCUUCAAGACCACGGAAAGUCAAAACUCGAGAAGCGAGACAAUUCGAAAGUACGGGCAACUGUCACUGUCACCCGUCUGGGAGUGUUUGUUUGUUCCCGCAGAACACACCCUUCUUGAUAGCUUCGGGAGAAGGCCACGACAAGAUCAUGCGGUUGAUGUACGUCAAAUAUGGUGUACUGAUUCUGAAGCAGAAGAACACACUGGAUCAGUGGACUGCGAUGCAUUGGGCUGCUAGACAUGACAGAGUCGAGGCUGUCAUCUUGCUGCUUGAGUUAGGUGGCCCCGAACUCCUGUAUGAAUGCACCAAGGUAAGACAGGAGCGCUUGAAGUUUCGAUGAUCCCUUGUGGGCCAAUGGAUUAUUCCAUUGCAGGAUGGUGCAACGGCAUUUCUGAUCGCUGCCUUCCAUGGCCAUGUCCGUACCAUGAAAGAGAUGCAUUCCACUGAAGGAGAGGCCCUUCUUCGUCAGAGCAAUGUGAGACUCACUGUGAGACAGGCUUGUGACGCGUCUCAUUCUCUCACUUCGUUCUAUUGGUGUUUGUAUCGCCAGCACUAUGGCGAUACAGCGCUUCAUGGGGCCGUUGAAGGAAGUCACUCUUCAGCAGUCACUCAGCUACUCGAAUGGGAUCCCUCCCUCCUUGAGAUCAGAAACAAAAACGUAAAAGACAACGAAGAAAGAACAUGAAUCACGCAUGUGAUGGAACAGGGCAAAACGCCUUGGAAUCUUGCCGCGGAGAAACCUGAAAUCCAGCAGUCAAUGGCCAAGUACAAGAGCUCCACCGAAGAGGUACUCAUUGGCUCGCACGACAGCGACAACGCCAUUUUUGAGGCCGCGAGGGCUGGUGAUAGGGGGUCGGUGAGGGGCCUGCUUGCUAAACAUGGACCGGAACUACUCGACAAGCAAGACAACUUGGGGGUACGACAUUGUUAUAUGACUGAAGAUCGCUGGCUCGUGUCUCCUCAUUUGUGCGCUCGCGCAGGGCACUCCAUUCAUCAUCGCUGCUCUGAAAGGACGUGUCGGUGUCAUGCAAGUCAUGUACAACGAAUACGGCUCUUCUAUCCUCCAGCAAACGAAUACAUCGGUACACAUCCGAACGCUCUACAUUGCUGCGAGAUAUGUUGGCUGUGAUGUAAUGCAGCAUGGUGGUCCAGCCAUGCAUUACGCUGCCAUGUCCGGCCAUGUUGGAGCUGUCGAUCUACUUCUGAAGUGGAGUUCUCCGAUGCUCUACGCGCACAACUCGGUAAGACACCGUAACAUGCAUCCGAAAGCUCAUGAUACAUUCCGCUCUCCGGCAGAGAGGCGACACGCCAUUCAUCUGUGCUGCCGCGAACGGACAUCUGGAAGUGCUGAAGGCCAUGCAUGCCAAGGGGGGCAAUGGCCUCCUCUCGCCGAAAGCCGUCGUAAAAUACACGUGAAGACGCACACAAUGGAUGUCUUCGAUAUGCUCGGUUCGUUUUGUUUUCUGGUGUGUGACACACAAAGGACGGAAAUACAGCACUCCAUCAUGCAGCAAUAAAUGCGCACCACACAGGCCACUCUGAAAUUGUGGACCAGCUGUAAGAGACACAGAUCAAUGACGUCAAUAUCUCAUCCUCUUUGUUUCCCUCUUUACCUGCUGCGAAGGCUCGAGUGGGCUGGGGCGGCUCUGCUGGACAUCAAGAACAAUUUGGCCAGUGCACAUAUAUUCACAUCAUCGUGUGAUGUGCUCAUCUCAUCUCAUCUCAUCUCAUGGCAACAGGGGAAGACGGCGUGGGAUUUGGCGGAGAGAAAGCUUGAGAUCAGAGAGAUCAUGGCGAAACACAAGGAGCAAAGAGGUCAGCGAGUCUGUUUGUCCUCGCAUGAGAGACACAUCAAGUGCAUCCAUUUCUGGUUGUGUGACAGGUGCAAUGAAAUACGUGAGAGGCCAAGUGACCUCUCCUAACGUCGAAGUGCCACGUGCCAACGAGUAUUGUUCUUGUGCUGGUUGCGUCAGAGUGACAUCUUUGAAGCUGUCAGAGCCAACGACGUCCAGUCCGUGGCCCACCUGAUCGACACCGAAAAGGAGAUACUCGACAAACGAGAAGAGGGCUACUUUAAGGCAUGCAAUCAUGAAGGCGAUGGAAGUUCAGUUGUCUGUUAUCUUAAUUCAUGCCCGCAGCUCAAACCCUUCAUCGUGGCUGCAAAGGAGGGUCACGUGGGCGUAAUGUCGGUCAUAUACUGCAGCAAGCCUGACAUACUGCAGCAAACAGACGUGGUACCAACACAGAGAAAGCAUUUUCUCUGCUGCUCUUGAUAACGAGAUGUGUUGGGUGUAAUGGAAUGCAGACCGGGUGGAAUGCCAUGCACAUCGCUGCCAGGGAGGGCCAUGCUGCGGCCGUCAAGCAGCUGCUGGAGUGGGAUGCCAAACUCCUCUAUUCAUGCACUGCGGUAACAGAGCACAUAUGUCCCCGCCGCCUCAGCGUGUCGAUUGUGUCUGUGUGUCGAUUGCAGUCCGGCGAGACGCCAUUGAUGUUGGCCGCCCGCAAUGGUCAUGUGGAUGUGAUACAGGCAAUGCAUCGCAAAGCAGGGGGAAGACACGACCUACUCAAACAGAAGGACAAUGUGACACCAAUAGCCGAAAACACACGCAGAAUGCCUCUCAUCAGAUCGGUUGCACUUGUGUGGGUGCAUGACACACGCAGAAUGGCGAGACGGCACUCCACUGUGCUGUAUUCUGGGGCCACACAGAAGUUGUGUCUCAGCUGUGAGUCAAAACUCAAUGACUGACCCAAGCAUCUCACCAACACACUCUCUGUGUGUGUCAUUCUCAAAGGCUCGAGUGGGGCGGCGGUGUUCUGCUCGAUAUCAAAAUCAAGACGGUGAGUGCACACAGACAAUCGAUAUCACACCAUCGAUGGUCGAGUGAUAUGCUCAUCUCAUGACGACAGGGGAAGACGCCAUGGGACAUAUCCUUUCAACUUCAAUGUCCCAGGGCGGCCAGGUCGGAGAUUGAAGGGAUCGUGAAAAAGUACAAGCGGUAGCCUUGUACUUGACGCCUUGUGAGACAACGAUAGAUUUUCUGGUCUGAUGUGUGUGAAGUGUGUAAGGCCUUGUUUCUGUCUAGGGCCUGAUAGACAGCAGCUGCCACUCUUGUCAUGCGAGUGGCACACGGUGUGCUCAUCGAUCCGUGUGCAGCAGAAACCUUUGCACAAAUCAUGUCUGAUGCGUCUCGAUCGCGCACACAAAUCUCACAUCACAUAAGAACACAGAAACAGACACCGACAGUGUCACCGUAUAUCUAUUAUUAUGUCGGGUGUCGCUCGUCAGAGAAGUCGACUGUGAUGUGAUGUGCGCGUGAAUGUCUCUCACAGACCCACGCUAUGUAAUUAGCAAAGGUGUCUCUGAGUGGAUCUGCACAGAAACACAGACAUCAAGGUCAUGACACAGCGCCAUGCCAUUCAUCUGCAUGUGUGACAUGGCCGACUGUUAUGUAUCUUUGAUGUGUCACUCCAAGGGAGUAAGUGCAUGGAGGACCC